AUGUCCAAGCGUCGUGCACAAACGUUGGCCUCAAAGCACAGAGCUUUAAAAGAUAAUCCAAAAUCUGCAAGACAACGAAAAACUAAAUGUCCUGUUAUAAACUGUGAAAAAACUCUAAUUAGACUUGACAAACACCUAAUUAAUUUUCAUCGCUUUCAAAGGGAAAGUGAAGAAUAUAUUCGUUACAACAGAGAAGCCAUUGCUGCAAGAAAAUAUAAAAAAGAUGAGUUGAAAAUGAAGAAAACAAUGGCAAAACGACGGAAAGAAAGAAGCAACUACGUAAAUUACUCACAGUUUGUACCUCAUGAAGAAGAACAACAUAACACAACAGAGGAUGAUGAUGUCGAACAAGCAGUCCAAAACAUGUCCCAAAGACCAAGGAAACCGAAAGAUGAGCUUUCAUCGGAAAGAAUAAAAGAAUAGAAAAACUGCCUCUUAUCAAAAUGUUUUACCAAUACUUGAUAUCAUUUGAAGGAAAGUUCAGAAAACCAAGGGAUGCAUCAGA